GGAGGAGGAGGAGGAGGAGAUACGUGUAGCUUGGCUUUAGCUGGAUUAGCAUUAGCAACACAUAGCUUUGGCGGAGGCGCAACAAGCACUCAGAAAACGCCGAAAGAAGUGCUCUCUUUUUUUUUUGAGGUGGGGGUGUUUUUUCUUUGGACUUGGCUGAACUUGUGUGUGGGUUUUUUUUUUUGUCAGUGGACUUACAGUAGAACCUGACGGAUCACAACAGAUAUACGGUGAUGGCGUGGUCAUGUGUGCAGCCGGGGCUGUGUGUGUGGAGAUGGUUUUAACAGACGCUGUUUUGGAGGACUCAGGAACACUGCACUGGCCUGGAGAAGCCUCUUAAGCAAACACACGCAACACACACACCUGUACAGAAGAACAUUUACACACACACACACCACUGCCGUGCCUUGAGAAAGGACACAGGCGCACAGAAGCAAGCAGGCACAGAUUGCCCCCCCCCUACCUGUGUGAGAGUCUACGGUGUGUUUUUUUUUUUUUUUUGUCCGUCUGUCCCAUCUCCACCGCCACCAUGCCGAGCGGCAUCCGGCGGCAGAUGAAAAACAUGGUGAACAACUACUCUGACGCAGAGAAGAAAGUCAGAGAGGCCACCUCCAACGACCCCUGGGGCCCGUCGUCCUCGCUCAUGUCCGAGAUCGCCGACCUCACCUACAACGUGGUGGCCUUCAGCGAGAUCAUGAGCAUGAUCUGGAAACGGCUCAACGACCACGGCAAGAACUGGCGCCACGUCUACAAGGCGCUCACCCUGCUCGACUAUCUGAUCAAGACGGGCUCCGAGCGGGUGGCGCUGCAGUGCAAGGAGAACAUCUUCGCCAUCCAGACGCUGAAGGACUUCCAGUACAUUGACAGGGACGGCAAGGAUCAGGGCAUCAACGUCAGGGAGAAGAGCAAGCAGCUGGUGGUGCUACUGAAAGACGAGGACCGCCUCAAGGGAGAGAGGUCUCAGGCUCUGAAGACCAAAGAGCGCAUGGCCCAGGUGUCCACAGGGAGCAGUCAGAUGGGUUUUGGCCGAGGCUCAUCUCAACCCAAUCUCUCCACCUCAUACAGCGAAGAGUACGGCAGGUCGGAGGGCUCACCUGCGUCCUAUCACGGCUCCACAUCCCCAAACGCAGGUUCAGAACUGGAGCAGGCCAGACCUCAGACCAGCGGAGAGGAAGAGCUGCAGCUUCAACUUGCUCUAGCCAUGAGCCGAGAGGCUGCAGAGCAGGAGGACCGCAUCCGCAGAGGGGACGACCUGAGACUACAGAUGGCCCUGGAGGAGAGUAAGAAAGGAGGCUCGGACUCUGCAAAACUACCCAAGAAGAAGAAAGAGCCUCAGUCGUCUUUGAUGGACCUGAUGGAUGUCCCAGAGCCUGGGGCCACUGCUGAUCCCUGGGGUGCUCGGGGUGCUGCUGCAGCGGCACCAUCAGAGGACCCGUGGCAGCCUUAUGGGUCUGCCCCUAAGCCAGCUGCCCCAGUGGACCCAUGGGGCGCUUCUCCUUCUGUCCCACCCAUGAAGAGCACUGAUCCCUGGGCAUCAAACUCCGCUCCUGCUUCUGAUCCCUGGAGCUCUGCUGCCGCCCGCCCUAAGACUUCGAACGCAGGUAGCUUUGACCUGUUCAAUGCAUCCAACGGUACGUCUAAAGAGGACUUCUCUGAGUUUGACAGCCUGCGCUCCUCCUCCUCUGUCCCCACUGGUGAAGGGGCCAUAGCGUCCUCAAUCCCCUCCCAAGUCAGUCUCGCCAGCAGCGGCAGCCUGGACCUCUUCGACCCACUGCCCUCCUCCAUGUCCAGCAUCACAAACCCGACCAGAAAGACUCCGGAGUCCUUCCUGGGUCCCAACGCUGCCCUGGUCAAUCUGGACUCUCUGGUGACCAAACCAGCCCAACCCGCGCCCAUCAUCAAUCCGUUCUUGGGUUCCACUGGUGCGCAAGAUGGUGGCUCUGCUCCAGCUCAAGCAGCCCAAGCCAACCCAUUCCAGCUGAGCCAGCCUGCACCUCCCACCCUCAACCAGAUGCGGGUCAGCCCCAUGCUCUCUGCCUUUGGCGGCAUGGCCGAGCCGAUGAACCUGGCCUCCUUGCCCGCUCAGCCCAUCAGUAUGGUCCCCCUGGCAGGCAUGGCCCCCAUGGGUCGCUCGAUGCCUGGGAUGGGCGCUGUCGGAGCCAACGCCGGGAUGACUGCGGGGAUCCCAGCCUCCAUGUCCAUGCCGCAGCCCCUGAUGAGCCUGCCGCCACAGGCCGGGACGCAGCCCACUGGAACCACCAACCCCUUCCUUUUGUGAGGGCGGGGAAACUUGCACCAGAGUACACCCCGCACCCCCCCCCCCCUUUUUUUUUUUUGUUUUACCUUCUUUUUCUUUCUCUCUCUUCAACUUUGGCUCCUCAAGAAGCUUCAGAAUAAACAAGGAGAUGUCUUAUCCCAUUUCUUACACCAUAACCAACUCCUCACCAGGUCCUUGUCCUGGCCUGGCCUCCUCCUACCUUAACACACUCCCUUACUCCUCCCUCUCGUCUUCUCUAAAUGCUACAAGCUGCCUAGUGCUGUGUGUUCCAUACUGAUCUGACAAUGACGUUGAUGACCACAAACGGUUUGCAUCUGUCUACAGACUUACAGAGACACCGUGGUGUUUACAGUUUUUUUUUUUUUUUUCUCCCCCCACAGAGGCGAGAAAAGGGCACAGUCUCUCCUCCCUGUCCUGCUCACAUUCACUCGCCCCCUCUCCCUCACUUCUCCCGUCUAGGAUUGCUCCUUUCUUUUUUUUUUUCCCCCCUCUUCUUCUAUGGUGGGGGGACAGGAGAUUUUGACUGUACUAACGCCAGGAUCUUUAUCUCUUCACUAGAGCUAAUCUUUUAUAAGCCCUGUCAGCUGGUUUGUGUGUGUUUGUGUGUGUGUGUUUGUCUGGGAGCAAGCGAGUGCACAUCUCAGUACUUUUACACUGUGUAUAUUCCAGUGGGUUUCACUCACACACACUGGAGUAAGAAUGAGAGAUGGACAGAUGUGUUUUUACUCUUGGUGUGUGUGUGUGUGUGUGUGUGUGAACGUGUGUGUAACUAAGCAGGGAUUUUGCACAAUUUCUUUCUCCUAUUUUCUUCUUUCCUUCUGCGACUGUUGGGCUCACCGUUACACCUUAGCUAAGGGAGGGAGACGACCACACCGCCUCUGCUCUUGGUACCACUCAGUCACAACUCUCGCUUGGUCAAUUCCCGUCAACUUGGACCCUCUUUUUUUUUUUUUUUGUGCCCGUCCCUCCACAGGAACUUCAACCAAGCAGGGGGUUUGCGGGAUAGACUAUGAACAUUAUCAGAGGAGAAAAACCCCUUGAACAAGGGGUUGCAAGCAAACGCAAUUUUUGUUUGUAUGUCUGUAUGUGCUCAUGCACUGUGCAGCAGGCAUACUGUUAAUGCUCAGAUACUAACAGCUACAUGUUGGUGUCUCUGUCAGUGAGUCCUCCCCCCCCCCCCCCCCCCAAGUGUGAGUUAAGAGGAAAAAGACAUGAACUGUGACGGCAUCACUAUUUAGCCAGCUGAACAUAAGGAUGCAGAAAGGCAUCAUGGGACAGUUUUUUUUGUUUAGUUUGUUUCUAGGUUCAAAGGGAAAGAGGGUGGGCUGUGUGUGGGUCUGAGUGUUUGCGUGAGAGAUACGUUUAGCUUCCAAGUGUACUUUAAUGAGAAAGUGUUUCAGUCACUCCACAAGUGGGGAAACAAAAAAAAAAAAAAAAGCAAUUUAAGUUUCUGAAGAGCGAGUCAAAACGGGCGUUAUGUAGACAUCCGCAGCCUUAACUGUGUAUGCGUGUGCAACCAUAUACAAUCACAGUGUUCCUAUGGUUUAAAGAGCAUGUUAGCCACUCGGCACCAUGAGCAGAGUUUUACCUCUGAGUGGAUUUACGGGGCUAAUCUCUCGACAAGAACAUUAUCUGGCACACACAUAUACUCACACGGGGUUAUUCCAGUAUCGGUCUUUUGAUAGCACAGGGAAUCCUGCAGCAGAACACAGCUGAACAUGUCAUGUAAACAAGCAGUUGUUUAUUUUGUUACUAUUUUUGGUGUUAUUUACACAUUAGAUGUAAAUCCAAGCCUUUUUUCUUUUCUUUUAGCGUUUUGGGGCUGUGUAAUAGCUAAGCCAUGUAUCAUUGUCGAUCUCUUUUUACGCGUUUCCUUUUUUGUUAUUGUUUUUUUUUUUUCACCCUGGGUUAGGCUUUUGUCAUUCUCUUCUCUUUAGAAGCACAACUCUUACCAAAGUCAUAGCGACUGUGAUUUCUGAGGAUGUCAUAAUUGGAAUAGUUUUGUUAAUGAAAAUUCAUGACUCCAUUGUUAAAAUUUAGUUUUUUUAAAUAUGUAUUUUCAGAGCCCUUUGUGCAGAAGGUCAUGGAGGAAAGUGUUACUUUUGGAACAUUUAGAUAUCAGAACAUUUACUGACAACAAGCUAAAAUUUUGGUGGGUUGGUUAAAUACAGACGAUAAACUGUGCCCGGUGCAGACCGCUCUUCUCUGUAGCCCGCUCUCUUCAGCUGUGAUUAUCACUGCCAAUGUUAUUACUGUGGAGGUUUUUUUUUCCUUCUUCUUUUGGUUUGAGUUGACGCCCUCUCCUGGUGUACUGUGGUAUUGUAGCUACAUUGCGGGACCCAUGAUAUUUCCACUAAACGCAGACCUUCAUUUCUCUCAGGCAAAAGGAGGGGCAGCUCCAUCUGUGUGUAUGAUUUUGAUGAUGCUGAUGAAGAUGACUUUUAUGCUGGGGAAAGGGGGGGGGGAGGUGGUAAAUGGACGUGACACUGACUUGCAAACCAGCAUACAUUUUUAUCUCAACUAAAUAUAUGCAAAUAUUGGCGUUUGGAAAAAGAAAAAAGAUCGUCAACGCUUGAUGUGUUUUGCAAGGUUAGAUUUGCUAAUAAAUGUCGUGCUAAUUGAAAUGCUACUAUGAUUUCUGGCUAAGACACACGUCACUCUCUCACUGGCCUUGAUUUCACUCCAGUGAUUGUUGAAAAGGUUGAGGUAGCGAUGCAUUGAAAGGAAAAAAAAAAAAAA